CGUACUAGUAGUAGUAUAUGUCGUAGUACGCAAGCGCGGACGGCUUAUCGGACAGUUCUAAAAUGGCGGAUAAUGAGUUUAAUGUCGAUAGUCUGAUUCAACGGUUGCUUGAAGUUCGAGGAUGUCGACCUGGGAAGAUAGUUCAGAUGACAGAGGCAGAAGUUCGUGGUCUUUGUUUAAAGUCCAGGGAAAUAUUUCUUAGUCAGCCUAUUUUAUUAGAACUGGAAGCCCCUUUAAAGAUUUGUGGUGACAUUCAUGGCCAGUACAACGAUUUGUUAAGGUUAUUUGAAUACGGUGGUUAUCCUCCUGAAGCCAACUAUCUUUUCCUUGGAGAUUAUGUGGACAGAGGGAAACAGUCUUUGGAAACAAUUUGCUUACUUUUAGCCUACAAGAUUAAGUACCCUGAAAACUUCUUCCUAUUACGUGGUAACCAUGAAUGUGCCAGUAUCAAUAGAAUAUAUGGUUUUUAUGAUGAAUGUAAACGAAGAUUCAAUGUACGUCUAUGGAAAACUUUUACAGACUGCUUUAAUUGCCUGCCAAUUGCAGCUAUCAUAGAUGAAAAGCUAGUUACUACUAGUCUGCUAUGACCAGUAUUCUUUUAUCAUUUUCCUUAUGUUUCAGGUCUUUUAUGUGAUUUACUUUGGUCAGACCCUGACAAAGAAGUACAUGGCUGGGGAGAAAAUGACCGUGGAGUUUCUUUUACUUUUGGCGCUGAAAUUGUCAGCAAAUUUCUGAAUCGACAUGAUUUAGAUCUUAUUUGUCGAGCACAUCAGGUUGUUGAAGAUGGAUAUGAGUUUUUUGCUAAGCGCCAGCUGGUGACACUGUUUUCAGCCCCCAACUACUGUGGAGAAUUCGAUAAUGCUGGUGGAAUGAUGUCAGUGGAUGAAUGUCUUCUCUGUUCAUUUCAGAUUCUAAAACCCUCUGAAAAGAAAGCAAAAUAUCAAUACAGUGGUUUGAAUUCUGGUCGACCAAACACUCCUCCUCGAGGUACCAUAAAGCAACAACAGAAGAAGAAAUGACAAAUAUCCUAAAAAUCAAUCAGUUGUAGAUUAAUUCCCAUAAAUGGGCUGAUUACUGAUAGCUAGACUGUAUAUUAUGGGAUUCGAGUAAAAUAUAUUUUUUUUAAUGAACUUUCCAUUUGAAAGGUUUACAGUUUUACCUACAACUUAAUUUUCAUAUUAAAUGAAAGGAAGAGAGAAAUAUAAAAAUUACCGCAACCAAGAAGAGAAAAUAAUUUUAAGUGAGCUAGCUAUUUGUAAAAUGAAGAAUAUAGCCUUUUUAAGACAAAAAAAGUAAACAGUAAAUAUAUACAGAGCAAAUAAAAAAAAAAAGAUAUUUUUUUAUUUCAUUUCAUUUUGUAUGUGUGUGUGUGUUAUUUAUCUUCCCACCUAGAUUUAAAAGAUGUGACUUUUAUACCCAAUACUUCACUAUUUCAUUGAUUUAUAGAACUGUCCUCUUUAUCCAGCAAUUUAUAUUGCAAUGAGUAAUGGCAUUAUUACUUAUGUAUUAUUGUUGAUAUACUAUUUAGUGUAUAACAUUUUAAGAUGAAGUGAAUCUGUGCAAAAUAAUUCUCUUUUAGUUAAUUUGUGUGUGUGUACGAAUGUGUAUAUAAAAAGAUAUCCAUUUACCUAUUGCCAGUUAGGGAUGCUUUCUCAUUAAUUUUGAUGCCAUAUUCUUAAAGAUAGUAAAGUCCAAAAUGAUUCAGCGAUUAUAUUUAUAUGGUGCUUCAAAUAAUAUUAUUAUUACUCCAUAUCUCUACCUACCAACUACAACUGCUGUGCCUCUCUGUAAGUGUAUGUUUACACUAGUGUGGCAGUACACUGCUGCCACAAGCCUGGUCAAUUUGGUAAAACAUAAACAAAUUUAAUUUCUUUCUCCUGCAUUACUUCAUAUUUCAAUUUUAUAGUUUUAUACAUUUUGUACAGAAUGCAUUAAAAUUUGCAAUAAUUUACAUUUAAUUAUCUGAUGGGGUUUUUUCUCCUUUUUUUUCUUACCUUUUAUUUUGUCUUUUUUGUUCAUUGCAUCAUAUUUCAUGUUGUGAAUUUGUUUCUAAAUGCUAGAAUUGAUUUUCAUGAUUGUUAGAUUUUAAGUUCCAUACAUUGAUGAUCUUUUAAUUAAUUGUUUUAUCUUUGGGGUAUUUUAAAAGUCAUAUUAAAUUUUAGAUUUUAAUUGAUACAGUUUUUUUAUAAUCCUAAAUGCUAGUUUUAUUUUUUCAAUAAACCAUUCAAUUUAUUACGAUUUCUUAAAGGCUGUCUACAAUCAAAAUUAACUUUUUUAAAUUGCUGUUGAAUCCAAUCACUAGCAAUAUUGAUUAUUUUAAAGUCUUGUGAUGUUAACUCUCUUAGAUAUCUUAUAGUUAACAACAUGAAAUUUUGUAAUGUUCACAAUUUAAUUUUCUUAAAAAAGAAAACAUUUAUACAAACAACUUUUCUAUGCAAAUUUAAUACAAUUAUUCAUUUUAUAAUUCUACUUAAUUUGUUCAUUUAAAUUAUUUCUAAUUAGCAUUAUAUUAGUAAUUGUAAUAUUAAAAACAUUCAAUUUGAAUUUUCAAAAGUUAAUCAUCAGUAUUACAAUGUUUAACCAAAUUUCUGAAGUAGAACAAUGGUUGUGAGGUAAAAAUCCUGAACUGCUGACCCUAUGUCCCUGUUACAACCCAUAGUGCUGUGUCUCAAGGCAAUACAUAUUACCUCGUUUUUCUCAGUCUGCCUAACUCUAGCUACCCACAACUCCUACUUCAUGGUUGUAUUACAUAUAGGAACUGGCUCUAAAUCCCCUUUCUCUAAUAAUUUAUGGAGCAUGAAACCUACAAAUAGGGAAUUACUAAACUGAUUGCCACAAAAGAAUAUCUGAACCAAUUAUAUUUUUAUUGUGUGUAUUGUGAUUUUGUAUGAAAAACACUGACUUUGUGAAUGCACAUUUCAUAUAUGUGAGACUUGGGUUGUUUUUCUCUGUUCUUUGGUUUUUUUUUUUUUUUUUUUUGUAAAACUUUUAUAACUGGUGGCCAUUUGUAAUAAUGCUAUAUAAUGUUAAAAAAAGAUUUGAAAAUGUACAUAAGCACAUCUUCAAAACCUACGUUCUGAAGAAAAUUACCAUCUCUUAAAUGAUUUAAAUAUGUUUUACUGGAACAUUUCCAAUCCCUAUAUUACAGUCUAAUAGGAUAGUUUAUGUCUAAAACCUCUACUCUUGCAUUUUGAUAUUUGAUUUCAUAAAAAUAUUCAAACGAGCUUCUUGAAACUUUGCCUGGAAAAUUGCUUACAUUCAAAAUUGUGCAAUUAGGUUUUUUUAUUUACAGAAAAUAAACAAAACAUAUUUUCUCAUUGGCAGAAAAUGUGUGCUAAUGUACUUCAAUGCAAAGGUGUUCAAUCAUCUAGAAAUGCUUCUGUCUCUCACCUUUCUUCCAAAGACAAUGAAAUAGAAGAAAAUAGAUAAAUAAAAAAUAUUUAAAGGUCAGAAUUUUCAAGGGUUUUGAAAUUAGUAAUUGCAUGUUUUCUGUUUGCAAUUCAUUUCUUAAUUCUACCAAAUUACUGAAGUCAAUUUGUUUAUAAACGAUUGCACUGUCUCCUCUUAACUUUGCUUCUAUUCUUUUUAACCACCAAGUGAUUGUUCUUGGUGGUGGUCAUGCUAAUUUCAGCAAAACUCUUGCAGCAGAUUUACUUGAGUAGCUUUCUGAUGCAUUGUUUUUUUUGUUUUCAGAACUAUAGAGCUUGAACACAAUAUUGCAAACUAACAACACACAUUUUUCAAUGCUCCUACUGUUAAUACCUAUUCGCAGCUUUGAUUAGUGGGCCAGUGAAAAUUAACUCUUUUUGCCUUUGGUCACAGUACAGUAUUAGUAAUGUAGCUGAUAUGUUGAAAUAAGGUUUUUAUAUACCAUCUAAAGCAAUGGUUCUCAACCAUUUUCUAUUUAUGGACUCCCUUUGAUUACUAUUUUAUUCUUGUGGACCCUCAUAGGCUUUCAAUGUUUAAAAACUAGUUUUAAAGAUACUUCUUUCAAAAUUCUCAUUUUGUUUUUCACACUUUCACUUAGGUAAGUUUGCAAUAGCACUAAGAGAACGUUUUAGUGGCUGGAAACAUGUUGAACUUUGUAGAAUGUUACAGAAAUAAACCUAGUUGUUUCUUGCAAUAAAUACAUCUAAAGCAAAAUUUUUUUCAUGGACCCUUAAAAUACUACUGUGGAUCCCUUGCAUGAACCCUGGUUGAGAACCACUGAUCUAAAGUGUUAAUAUCUUGUAUUAUUUUCCCUCCUCUAAAUAGUUGAUAUUUUUCUUUCUUUGUGCUAUAUAUCAAGUGAUUAAUUUUAAUAAACAGUAUUUUUGAAUAUUUGUUUGUGUGUGUGAAUGUGUAUAUGUUCGCUUUGAAGUAUGCACCCUAAUUUUUUUUUUUUUUCCUUUCCCUAGAAAUUUUACUACAAGGUUGUAAUUACGUUUUAGUGUUUAGAGAAACAGUUGGAUAAUGGUAAAAUUUUAACAUUAAUUACUUUUGUCUGAUAACUAUUAGACAAUAGAUCUCAGUAUUUUUCGAUGCUGUAAACCAUUUUUAUUUAUUCUCUCUUAAAGUGCACCAAAAUAAACAAUGUGAACCAGCAGUAAAGACUGACAUUGAAUUUAUUCAUAACUUUUAAGUAAAGUAAAAAACAUUGCAAAACAUUUUGAUUAGCUAUUCUUCAUCUUAAAUGAUAAAGAUCUGAACAUAAAUUUAUAAUUUUCAUCAGUUAAUUAGCAUUUAUGCUAAUUCUAUCAUUAUAAAAACACUUAAAAAGCAAAGUGUAGUUAAUUUGAUAAAAAUUACUACUAGAUUAUCCAGCUGAACUGAAAUUCAUUAAAAUUUAGCGAAUUUGACACGUGUUUGAUGCCAUAAUAGGACUAAGUUCUCCAUAAAUAGAGCCUGCCUUGUAGUUUCAAUUUCCAAUCUGAACUGCUACACACAUCAAUAAUGGUUUUAAGAAAGGCAGGAAUAUGACAGCUUGCCAUUUUUCCUCAUUGAUUCUGAGUUUUCGUGCUUACAUAAGAAACCUUUACUACUUCACACAAUAAUAAAGCUGUAUAAUGGGACCUAAAGUAGCACUAAUCUGAUCUUCCUGCUCCCUCCAGUCUCACUUUCGAAAUAUAGAAUUACAUUUGUGAAAUGCUUUAACUGAUGCAGUGUUUUACUCAAUAAUAUCAUUAAUAAUUUAUUUGAUGAAGUAAAAUUUCUUUGUGAAUUGUUUCGAAUUGAAGAAGUUGAUAGUUAAAAAUAUAAAGUUGCAUUAUUUUAAAUGAAUUAGAGAUUUCCUUUUUAUAGAUGUGAAUUGUAAAUAUUUUUUCAGACCUGAUGAGAUGCCGUUCAAGGCUAAGUGCAUACUUCUUAUUCUCUAAUAUUACAACUGCAGAUCCUCACCAAAUUGUUUCAUAUGGUUCAAAAACUACAAAUAAAGUCUUUCAAUAUUUCAAGUGUCUUAAAAAGCAGCUAAUAGGCAUUCUUUAUUCUUUUUAAUUGAAGCUAAAACUGAAUGUCCUAUUGUUUAUUGAUGUUAGUUACUCUUAAGCAGCCAUUGUAUGGCAGUUGUGUUGUUAAUAAUUGUUACCCACAAUAAUUGCUGUAUUUUAUUUCUGUAUCUUUUGGAAGCAAUUUCUUUUACUGUUUUAUUGCUUUGGUUGAAACACUUCAUUUUAAAGAAGGUAUAUUUUGAACAUGGCUUUCCUGCAUGUAUUAAGAAUUUAGUGCAAGGUGUGUAUGACGUUAAACUCCUUAGUCUAAUGCAGAUUAUAUUAUUAGUAUCCAUCAACACUACUUAAACAUGGCUGUGUACACAUGAGCUGAUGAUUGUAAAAUUAUACUUGGAACAAUCUUUUUUUUUUUUUUUUUAACAAAUUUUCUCUAUCAUUUGUAGAAUGCUUUCAUAGCAUUCAAAUUGUGUAAAUAAAAUUAAAGGUAUUUCAAAUGUU